GCCCUCCACAGUCCACGCUAUUCGGUGCUGCAUUGCUGGUUCAGUCGUUUUUUCACCGGUCACUUCUUUCCUGUGGUGCACGCACUCUAUUACAGAUUUACAGGCACGAGUCGUCCUCCAGCUGUUCGACGAAAUGCCUGAGAAAUGGUCUCACACAUUGCGGCCUUGAACCUUUUCAUUCCGUCCUCACAGUUGAAUGCUCCAUUCGUGCCCUCACUUGUUUUUGUGUUGAGGCCCGUGUUAAUGGUUCAUUGCCUCCCAAAAUUUAAAACUUUUACCCCCGAGGCGGCGAAAGGGAUGGGUGUGUACGGGAUUCUUGAGCUGAGGAGGACUGGGCGGAGCAGGAGGAGGAGGAGAAGUGAGGGCUGUGAUUGGUGUUGUUGUGCUGGAGGGUUGGCGAGCGAAGGCGACGCUGAGCUGGAGGCAAGGAUUUUGGAGUUCAUGGAGAAAUCCGAAAAGCCCGCGACGUUUCCGUCUAGGAAAGAGUUGGAGAAAGCGGGGAGGUUCGAUUUGGUUGAUGCUAUUAGCGAGAGAGGAGGGUGGUUUACGCUUGGUUGGAAUUCAGGGGAUGAGGAGCAGGUAGAUAAAGAAGCCGAGGCAUUGGACAUUGAUUUUGAAAUUGAGAAGCUUCGAAGGAGACUGGCGAGUUGUCAAGAGACUACAACUAUUGAGAACAAUGAAGUAGUGCCUUCUCAAGAGACUGCAUUUGAUGAAGAGGCUCUAGCGUUUGAAAACAAUGAAGUGGAGUCAAGUGGUUUUGAUGAUUCUUCUGAGACUGCAUCUCAGCCAGCUUCUUCAUCCGGUAGAUUAUUAGAAACUGAAGCUGAGGAAGGUGGUGGGAUUGAGGGGAUACUAAGUCGCUUAGAGAAAGAGAGAAAUUCGUUCCUUGGUAUCAAUAUUGGAAAUUAUAGAAAUGGAAACCAUGGUUCGAGCAGGGAUGGCCAGAAUGAUAGGAACCCUGUAUCCACUGGUUCUGACAGGAUUGACCUUGGAAUGAUCAAUAGAGAAGGUGAAAGAAAUGCUUCAAUGGAUGACAUAGAUCUUCUGGCAGAAAGUGUUACUGAUGAUUUAAAUAGGCAAAAUGGUAAUAAUCACAACAACAUAAGAACUCGCCUAAUGCACCUAGAAGUUGAGCUUGCUUCAGCUCUUCAGUUGCUGAGGUCCAAAAGUGAAGAGUACAUUUCAAGAGAGGUUACUACAAGUGGUCUGGAAAAGCUUUCUGAUGCAUGGGAAUUCCAGGAGAAUGAGUUCAUUAAUGCUCACGAGAGAUUGCGGUCAAUACGUGCAAAGCUAGCUGUAACUGAGGGCAAAAUGACAUUAGCAACAAUUGAUGCACAAAAGAUGCUGGAAGAAAAGCAGAAAAGGAUUGAUGGUGCUCAUAAAGCUUUGCAACUUCUUCAUAAUGCCCAUAUUGUUUGGCCUAACUCUGCUUCAGAAGUUCUCCUAGUAGGUUCCUUUGAUGGUUGGGCAACACAGAGGAAGAUGGAGAAAUUGAGUACAGGUAUUUUUUCUUUGCGCUUGAAGCUGUAUCCGGGCAGAUACGAGAUCAAGUUCAUUGUUGACGGUGAAUGGAGGAUUGAUCCUCUACGCCCCAUUGUUCAGAAUAACGGGUACGAAAACAAUCUACUUAUCAUCACAUGAAAAUAAAACCCGGCAUUGCUAGACUCUCGCAAGACCCCAGCCUUUCCAGGAGCUGCAAACUUGCGCAACUAAUAUUUCAUCGUCUUAACCAGAACUCGACCUUUGUAGGUAGUUAAAUUCUUUUCUUUUCUGAUGAUGUUUUCAUUGAAAUAUAUAGCUUCCUUUCUAAAAUUUUGUAGCACCCAUUUACCAGAGUAAUAUUUGUUCCCCAGUGACAUAAAACCAAACAUUUUAUGAUUCAAUUAAUCAUUUGUUUUUUCCCAUGAAAUCUUGGGCAGUCAUCUCCAAUUGAGCUACCAAAUUAAAGUAGUGAUUGAUUUUCA